GACCAGUUCAAAAGCCGCGCGUGUUGUGGGUUGAGCACAUGCGCGGCGCCUCGGCCUGCCAUUGGUGGAUUUCGAAUGUCUCGCUGCCAGUCCCCACAGAGCCAACGAGAGGCCUGGCUGCGUCCCUCGGGCUGCUCGGGCGACCAACUAAUACUCCAAAUAGUGCACUGAGGGGCCGCACCCACCGCCAUGGCCUCGACCAGCAAUGUGGAGAACCUGUCCCCCCAAAUCCUGCGUGGUGUGCUGAAAGAGGUGACGGAGUUAGUGAAGGGCCCGCCGGAGGGGAUUAAAGUGCACAUGAAUGACGAGGACAUCACGGACAUCCAGGCCACCAUCGCAGGCCCAGCGGGCACCCCAUAUGCAGGGGGAUUGUUCCGGGUCAAGUUGGCCCUUGGAAAGGACUUCCCCAGUGCACCUCCCAAGGGGUACUUCCUCACAAAGAUCUUUCACCCCAACGUUGCCUCCAAUGGCGAGAUCUGCGUCAAUACCCUGAAGAAGGAUUGGAAGGCUGACCUCGGUAUUAGGCAUGUCCUCUUGGUAAUCAAGUGCCUGCUCAUUGUCCCCAAUGCUGAGUCUGCCCUGAACGAAGAGGCGGGGAAGCUACUGCUGGAGGCCUAUGAUGACUAUGCCGCCAGAGCAAAGAUGAUCACAGAAAUCCACGCACAAGGUCCAAAAGUGACCAAGGGAGAGACCAGUGGUGAAGGGUCAAACCAAGAUGGCCCCCAAGCAAAGAAACACGCUUCUGAUAAGAAAAUUUCUGCUGAUCGGAAAAAGCUUUUGAAAGACAAAAAACGGACACUAAAGAGAUUAUGAGUUGUGUUCAUGAAGGCUGUCUGUGCCACCUUGAAGUGCAAAAUUUGUGUGGGUAUCGUUCAGUGAUAUCUCCUUUCCUCUCUCCCUCUCAGGCUGUUGUUUUGAUUCUCAGAUGUUUUAUGGCUUGUAUGUAUAAGAUAUCAACCCAAAAUUGACCCUUCCCUUUCCCAUAGUAAACUCCAGACUUGAUCCUUGAUGAUGUUAUUUUUACAGUAUGUGCAAGGGCCUUUCCCAAAGUGGUUUUGUAAUGUGAGGGAGUUAUUUUAGUAUGAAUGUUUUCAUGCUUUGUAAUAAAAGCAUUGGAAAGUCUUAGGGUCAUGGAUGGAUACAAGCAAUGAAAUUGCUUCCAAGAUAUUUGAUAAUUUUAUACCUGUGAAGCUAAAGUACACUAGACAGACUAAAAUUGAUAAGUAGCAUCUAUUUAUACAUCCUUAUAUCUGAUAUUCAGAUUGAUGUUAAGUGAACAAUACUAACUAUAAAAUGAGUCUUUCUGUAGGAUAAGAUGUAAUUGAGGAUUCAAAUCAAGCCUUUGGUUCCUGUGAGUCGUAAUGCACUGUCAGAAUAUUUUUUGUGGCACAGCUGAUGCAAUACUGGAAGUGUUUUUCAAUCUGUUGCAAUAGGUAUUUAAAGAGAAGCUAGAUCUUUCCAGUGAUGUGACAGUUUUAGUCUUUUAUUCUCAAGUUUUGCUUUUGACAUUUGGUACAAGAUUGCAAUAAUCUUAAAUAUGUUUUUUGCCUUUGACAGUAGAUGUUAAUAUUUUUGCCAUGGUAACACUUUGCCUUUGAAAUGUGUGAGUUCAUGUGUUAUGAAGUAAAGUGGACUAGUGGCAAAGAUAAAUUAAAGUGACCUAAUCCAGUCAGGCCUUGUGAAUGUAUAACAGCCAGAUGACCAAGUAUUGUAAAUUGAAGACAGGUAAUGAUUUUGGUAUUAUUGACAUGAAAGUUUUUACCACAGGUAUUUCACCUUAACUCAGCUACUUAGAGCAGGGUUGAGGGAAAAUUUAAUCCUCAGCCUAAUACCAUAGUUUUAAGUAAGGUCUGCUUGAGGGACUUGGUCGAGUAUAAACAAUCCUCUGGUAUUGCAAUGCUAAUAGCUUUAACUUUCAUCACUAAUAAAUUUAAUGUAACAUUUGAAAGUCCUGGAGCCACAUCUUUGGAGUUAAGCUUUCCAAAGUAUUGUCUUAUUGGCCACCAAGAAAGUAUUGUUGUGGGUAUGCCUGUUGGGCAGCUAAGAACUGAUGGUGUCCUUGAAGCUCAAAUGAGGCCUAAUGGGCUGUAGGCUUAAAGCAUUGAUGAUCUCUACAAAAAAAGUAAAAUUUAACUUAAGUGGGACCACACUAUGUUUGUGCUUGUGAGUGUAGUCAUUGGUAUACAUUGAUCACCAUUAAAGGAGGUGGUUGUGCAUAUUGAUCUACAUAAAUUAUUUAAGGAGGUAUGUUAGUGCAGUUCAUUUUGUUGCACAGGUUGUAGUACAUCCUGCAUCUUAGGAAAUCUGGAACAUUUUCUGAUGUCAAAAUCUUCAGAUAUGCUUUGUAAGCAACAAACAACAAGAAUACAAGCACUAUAUUUGUUGAAGUGAGCUCUUUCUUGCCAAACAAAAUUCAAGAGUUUAGUUUGAUAAAUUUUGUAAGUAAAAGAUCUCAGAAUUCCACCUCAAGGGAGAAAGAAUAUCCCCAGCACCACUCACCAUUUAUCCAGCUUCAGUUGCUGCACUUCCCAGCAUUGCUGAGUCACUGAACCGUGCUGGGGCGCAGGUGUUGGUUGUCAGCAUCUUAACUACUUUCUGCUUGCUUGUCUAGUGUGGUAGAUUUCCUAGGUAAGGAUCAUUGCACUCUAAGUCACUUGUUACUGCCACUAAUUAUAAUUUAGUAUUAUCUGUGGCAAAGAGUAAGUGAGAGUAGUAAUAAAUAGUAUUUAUGGAAGGUUUCAUAUACAUACUAAGCCCUCCUGUUCACUGACUACAUAACUGCAAUUAUGUUUGUUAGGAAAUACUUCAUUGUUUAGUUUUAUAUACUGAAGCCCAAAUGAUAUAUAUAUAGUAUAUAUUUUUUCCUUACAAAAGACAGGUUGAUACAUGGUAAUGAAAAUGCCUGACCAGAACCUUAGCAUAAGCAAAGCAAGACUUAGCAUCUCAAACCUUGCCUUUGCAGCAGCCUUUCAUUAAUACAUAAGUCGUUACAUCUGGUGACUCAUUACCUGACUAAUUAUUUUGAGGAUUCCCAGUUUCUUGUUUGAUAGCCACUGUUCAUUUUAGGCUCAGUGCCUGGAGGAACACCACUCAGUUAUCACAAAGGUUAUGUCACAGGCUUGGCCUCAGAGGGAAAACCAGUUUCCCAGGAGCUUAGUUUUUAGUCCAAGGACCAUGUUUCCCAUCAUCGUCAUCACAUUGAAGUACAUAGAAAUUUUGAGAGUCAUUGGCCAUUUUAUUUUUCUAAGUUAACAAGCCAUCUGUUGUCUUAAUCUUUUACUGUCAAAUUAGUAUUAAUAAAUAUAUUUAUAUCUA